AUGGCUGAAACACAGGUUCGAAUAGGAAUGCUGGGAUGCGCCGAUAUAGCCCGAAAGGUCUCGCAGGCCAUUUCGCUCGCUCCCAACACUACAGUCGCCACCAUUGGUAGCCGGUCUCUUGACAAGGCCAAGGCCUUUGCGUCCACCAACAACUUCCCCCCCCUCCCCAACGCCAAGAUCUACGGCUCCUACGAGGCUGUCCUCGACUGGCCCUUACCCACCAGUCUGCACACCCGAUGGGUAAUCCUAGCUGCCCAGAAGAAGAAGCACGUGUUGCUAGAGAAGCCCGUCGCCCUUAACGUUGCCGAGUUCGACACUAUCAUCGAGGCUUGCGACUCUAAUGGGGUGCAAUUCAUGGACGGCACCAUGUGGAUGCACCACCCCCGAACCGCCAAGAUGAGAGAGUUCCUCUCCGAUAAACAACGUUUUGAAUGA